AUGGUUAAGUUUAUGAGGGAGAUUAAGGGUCUUUUCUACUUGGUACCAGGACUAGGUUUAGUCAAUGGUUUAAGGAGGGUUUAUGCACACAAAGAGGUGUUAGAGAUGGCUGAAAUUGCUGUUAAGAGUAGUUAUGAAUGGGUGGACCCAAGGCCAGACAGUCCAAUCCCUUUGAAACAUCUACAUGGCCUUGAUAGGGAUGAAUUUGGUGAUGAAAGUGACCCUAAUUAUGAAUAUGAUGAUGGUGAAACUAGUACUGAUGAGGAGUCUGAUACUAGUGAUGAUUUAUUCAGGAUAGCUAGGAAUAGGGUUAGGGAGUGCAACAACAAGUUGCUAAGAAUUGCAAAAGAGUUGCAAGAACAAGCAGCAGAAGGUCUUCUUGGUGCUCAACUAUUGAGCCAAGCCUCACAUGUACAACCUGCCCCUACCCUUGAAGAAGGUAACAUCAGUGAGUAUGAAGAGAGUGGAGAUGAAAUACACACACCCCUUGAGAGUGAAGAGGAAGGUGAUAUGACUGUUAGAAAAAAGAAGAGGGUGGGUGAAAUUGUGGAUCCAAACACUGACUUCUCUAAGUUUAAGUGGUCUGUUGGGAAAAGAUUCCCUAUAAGGGAGGCAUUUAAAGAAGCUGUAGCAAAGUGGGAUAUAUUACAUGGUAGGAAUGUGAUGAUUAGUCACAACAACAAGAGCAGACAGCAACAAAUUGGGAUUAGGUGCAUAUCUGGAUGCCCUUUUUAUUUGUAUGCAACUUGGGACACUAUGAGAGCUACACUAGUUGUUAGGAGAGUUGCCAGGCCCCACUGGCCAGCUAAGGAAAUAGUUGAAACUAUAAGGAGGGCUUAUAAAGUUGUUGUCACAAGGGGUUUUGCAUACAAAGUGAAGUAUGAUGCACAUAAGUUAUUGCAUGGGAGCAUGACAGAUCAUUAUAGGAAGGUUAUGCCUUACUUAGAGGCUCUUAAAACAUCUAGUCCUGGUACAAGUGUGGAGUUGGUUACAACAGUUGGUAAAAGGGGGGCACCUAUUUUUCAGAGGUUAUUUACAUGCUUUCAGGGGUUACAAAAAGGGUUUAUGAAGGGAUGUAGAAAGGUAAUAUGUGUUGAUGCAUGUUUCUUUAAGACUUUCUUGGGUGGACAAUUAUUAUCUGCUGUGGGGAGAGAUGGAAAUGAGCAGAUGCAUCCCAUAGCAUUGGCAGUUGUAGAGAGUGAGAAUAAUGAGUCAUGGCAGUGGUUUUUUGAUCACAUCCAAGCUUGCCUACAACUUGGAGAUGGUGAAGGAGUUGUCAUCAUUUCUGAUGAACAUCAGGCAAAACACAGACAUUGUGCCAGGCAUAUAUUUGCCCUAUGGCACAAGUCUUUCAAGGGUGAGUUUAAAUUGCAAUUUUGGAAAAUUGCAAAAGCUUAUAAUCAAGCUGAUUAUAAUGAGGCUCUUAAAGCAUUGGGGGUAAUCAUUGAAUAUCCUGCAAAUGCUUUCAAAGUAUACAACCCCAAGUUGUUCUGCAGGGCAUUCUUGGAUUGUUCUAUGAGGACUGAUGCCAUUACCAACAACAUGGCAGAGACCUUCAAUGCAUAUAUUAUCAAUGCAAGGACAAAGCACCUGCUUUUUACAUGA